AUGAUGGAGGAGCCAGUGAGCUCCAACACCACGCCUCCAGGGCUGCAGCUGCUCCCCAGACCUCCUCCCCCUGUCCAGCCCGGCUCCAUGAAAAACAUGCAAACCCUACUGUGUGCAAUCGUUUUGCUUUACCUCAAGGGGUUUGUCAGCGCAGAGCCGAAGGCGAAGUGUCCGACGCGGUGCGACGUGAGUACCUGUCCGAGCCCCAGCUGUCCCAGCGGCUAUGUGCCGGACCGCUGCAACUGCUGCCUGGUGUGCGCCCAGGGGGAAGGAGAGCCCUGCGGCCGCAAGGACGACCUGCCCUGCGGGGACGGACUGGAGUGCAAACACCCGGCGGGCAAGCGUCUGGCCAAGGGCAUCUGCCAGUGCAAGUUUGGCCAUGAAGUUUGCGGCAGUGACGGGAAGACGUACGGCAACGUGUGCCAGCUGAAGGCGACCAGCAGGAAGGCUCUGCAGCAGGGACUGCCCGGCAUCAGCCAGCUGCAGAAAGGACCGUGUGAAACCAGCAUAGGUCCCUCACAUCCUUCCAGUCCCCGUUACAAGUUCAACUUCAUUGCCGACGUGGUGGAGAAGAUUGCUCCAGCUGUGGUCCACAUCGAGCUCUUCCUCAGGCAUCCUCUGUUUGGUCGGAACGUCCCUCUGUCCAGUGGCUCUGGUUUUGUCAUGUCCGAUACCGGCCUGAUCGUCACUAACGCCCACGUUGUCUCCAGCACCACGCCAGUGUCCGGUCGACAGCACCUCAAGGUCCAGAUGCAUAAUGGUGACGUGUAUGAAGCCAGCAUUAAGGACAUUGACAAAAAGUCAGACAUCGCUACCAUCAAAAUCAAUCCACAGACAAAGCUACCUGUAUUGCUGCUCGGCCACAGUGCAGACCUCAGGCCGGGGGAGUUUGUGGUUGCGAUCGGCAGCCCCUUCGCCCUGCAGAACACCGUCACCACCGGCAUCGUCAGCACCGCCCAGAGAGACGGCAAGGAGCUGGGCAUCAGGGACUCUGACAUGGACUACAUCCAGACAGACGCCAUUAUCAAUUAUGGGAAUUCAGGAGGGCCUCUCGUCAAUUUGGACGGAGAGGUGAUCGGCAUCAACACCCUGAAGGUUGCAGCAGGAAUAUCCUUCGCCAUUCCUUCAGACAGGAUCACUCGCUUUCUUAAUGAGUCACUGGACAAGCACAGCAAAGAUGUGAGGUCAAUAAAGAAGCGCUUCAUUGGAAUAAGGAUGCUGACCAUCACACCAGCGUUGGUUGAAGAGCUAAAACAGCAGAACCCAGACUUCCCCGAUGUUGCCAGUGGGAUCUACGUCCAUGAAGUGGUGCCUCACUCACCUGCACAAAAGGGUGGUAUCAGGGAUGGAGAUAUUAUUGUGAAACUGAACGGCCGACCCCUUUUGACCACAGCAGACCUCCAGGGGGCGCUGCAGGAGGAGACAGCCCUGCUGCUGGAGGUCAGGAGGGACAACGAUGACCUGCUCUUUAACAUUGAACCUGAUGUGAUCAUGCAGUAGACAUCAAUGGAAACACC